AUGGGUAUCCUUGAUAUUGUUCCAACAGGUGUCAUCACCGGAGAUGAUGUGCUCAAGCUAUUCAACUAUGCUCAAGAACAUGCAUUUGCUAUUCCAUCGGUGAAUGUUACAUCGACCAGUACUGCCAAUGCUGUACUUGAAGCAGCACGUGACAUCCGUUCGCCCAUCAUUAUCCAAUUCUCAAAUGGUGGUGCCGCGUUCUUUGCAGGCAAGGGCCUCGAUAACACUAACCAGCAAGCUGCCGUGAUGGGUGCUGUUGCUGGGGCACAUUAUGUCCGAUCCGUUGCCAAAGCAUACAACAUCCCAGUGGUGCUGCAUACCGACCAUUGUGCCAAGAACUUGCUUCCAUGGUAUGAUGGCAUGUUGCAAGCUGAUGAAGAGUACUUUAAAGCACAUGGUGAACCACUUUUCUCGUCGCACAUGCUCGAUUUAUCAAAGGAAGACAAGGAUGAAAACAUUCGCAUCUGCUGCGACUAUUUGAAACGCAUGGCGCCUAUGAAGCAAUGGCUUGAAAUGGAAAUUGGCAUUACCGGUGGUGAAGAAGAUGGUGUUGACAAUGAAAAUGUGGAAAACGCUUCCUUGUUCUCCCAACCUGAAGAUGUGUGGGAUAUCUACAAAGCAUUUGCACCCAUCUCAAAGUACUUUUCAAUUGCAGCUGCAUUUGGUAACGUCCAUGGAUCUUAUGCUCCUGGUAAUGUAAAGUUGCAUCCUGAGCUGUUGGCCAAACAUCAAGACUACGUGCGUGAACAACUCGGUAGCACUGAAAGACAUCCUGUUUUUCUUGUGUUCCAUGGUGGUUCAGGAUCCACCAAAGAAGAAAUCCAUGAAGCUGUACGCAACGGGGUAGUCAAAAUGAACGUGGAUACUGAUACACAAUGGGCAUACUGGGAUGGCUUGCACAAGUAUUACGAGGCCAACAAAGAUUAUCUGCAAACACAAGUUGGCAAUCCCCAGGGUCCUGAAAAGCCCAACAAGAAGCAAUACGAUCCUCGAGUCUGGUUACGUGCUGCUGAAAAGAGCAUGAUUGUACGUACCCAAGAAGCAUGCCAUGAUCUUGGCAACGUCCAUAAAUUGUAG